GUAGAUGAACCUUUGAAUAAUAAAAUAACCAUAUUUAUUAGUGAUAAACUUGACACUUUUGUGUGCCAAACUGUUAAAUUUGUUGCAAUUGUCUUGAAAAAUGAAGAAGACACAAAAGCUGCUAUUUAG